AUGAAACCUCCCCUUGCCCUGACCUUCCUUUGCCUCCUGGUGUCCCCAACCAGCGGGAACCUGGUCCAGUUUGGAGUGAUGAUCGAGAGGAUCACGGGGAAGUCUGCACUGCAGUAUAACGACUAUGGCUGCUACUGUGGUGUCGGCGGUUCCAACUGGCCAGUGGACCAGACCGACUGGUGCUGCCACGCCCAUGACUGCUGCUAUGGUCGCCUGAAGAAGCUGGGCUGUGAGCCCAAGCUGGAAAAGUACCUCUUCUCUGUUGGGCGGGACACCAUCUCCUGUGCUGGUAGGAGCACUUGCCAGCGGCAGACCUGUGAGUGCGACAGAAGGGCUGCCCUCUGCUUCCGCCACAACCUGGGCACGUACAACCGCAAGUAUGCCCACUACCCCAACAAGCUGUGCACCGGGCCCACCCCACCCUGCUGA